AUGCUUGCGGUCUCUGUUGAUGGAAACCGUAAGCACUAUAGAUUCAAGAGUGCAGCAAGAUCAGAGGAACAAGCAAUCUUUAAUGGUGUCUUCAUAGCUAAGGACGAUGAUGUAGCAAGAUUUGUAGACUAUGUCCAUUCCUCGACCAGCCAUGUCUCUGGAAGAGGUGUCUGUGGGGGACAGUGGUCAGCAGCACGAGAAACGUCACAGAAGUCCUCCAGCAAAGUAGAUGAGGAGGGCCUAGAACUUGCCGUUUGUCGGCAUGGUGUUCUUCUUUGUGCCCUUAAUAUGUUCAGGGGGGAGGUUUUUGCUUACCCUUUGUACCUCCAAAAAAAAAUGGCUUGUAAGCCGGUGAAAUUCUUUGCUAUGGAUGUUGCAUGCAAGUACUGGCCUUACCUCCAGAGGGUGAGUGAGAGAUGCCCUGAGCUUCAGGAUCUGCUCUCAAUGAAACCAUUUCUGUCAGUGUUCCAUGCCAAAGCCCACGACUUCAAAUGUGAGGUAAAAUGGAGUGGGGCGUACCAGGAGGGGGCUGGUUUGACUCUCGGGGAGGAGGUGGAGCAAUGCAACGCCUUCCUAUCGAGAAUUGCUGUUACCACAAAACACAUGGCAAAAGCAGUACGCACAGACAUGCUCACAGUCAUGGCCAUGCGCUGGAAUGAGCAAAAGUUUAACAACUUGGCUUCCACACUUGGCCGCCGAUAUCAAAAGGCCACAAUAGCCCUGCAAAGAGAGUUGCAUAAUAUGGAGGCCAUGAAAACUGAAAUGGCAGUCACAGAUGAUCAACUGGAGGUCUGGAUCACUGAUGUCAAUGAGUGGGCAGAAGCAACAACAUCCCCGAAUGAUGCUAAUGUUGCUGCUGUGGCCAGACGAAUUGAGGAGCUGGUGACCAGUAUUAAAAGGAGGUCGCAACGUCUUUAUAAAGACAAUGAUGGCUGCAAAGGUCGUGCCCGGAUACGCAGAAAGAUCAGAGAGGAAAAGAAACUUUUAAAUUCUGUGGUGGAUCAAUAUAACUCCAUGGUACCUAAUGCAGAAAACCUGGACUUGGACACUAUUCUUUCAGAUGACAUCAUUUGGCCAUGGCAGCUUCCACACGGUGACUCUGUAGAUCUAAGGACAAAAAGGAAGGCAUUUGACAUGGUGAUGGCAGUAAGGAGAAUUGAGGAGGAGAAGAGUAUUCUCAUUGCUGAGAUGGAAAAACAUUGGACAACUCUUUGCACCCGUGCAGACACCCUGAAGGAGAUGUCAUCCCAGCUUUGCAGUGGGACAUCAAGUGAGAUGUGGGGCCUGAGUACAGAGGGAAUCCAAGGUCUACAGAGCUUAACCAUGAAGAAAACACAAGCCAUCAACAGAAUACGAAAGCACGCAAAGAACUGUUAUAUACAAGUUCUGACUGGAACAGAAGUGAACUUUGAAAGUGAUUCAGAGGAAUACCAUAGUGACUCUGAACUGUCAGAAGAUUAAACAGAAGGUGUAAGAUGACCAACUUUCAAGUGUCUUGUCAUUUUCUCCAAGUCUUUGUUAAAGAAAUUCAUAGAUUGGCAAGAAGGUCAUUGUAGCACCUGAGCUCUUUAUGUUGAAAUUCACAAUUCAGUUUGUCACAUACAAAAUCAGAGUACAACAUGCUGUAAAAUGCUUAGUGCAGUGCUACGUCAUAAAAUAAGAUUGGGAAUAAAGAAGAGUGCAA